AUGGCGACGAACCAAGGCCUAGAGCCCUUGCCGCAUGAGCACGAUCCUCGAUGGACGGCAGUUGACCAAUAUACCAAUGCUCACCUGCUCGCACCAUCUCGGAACAAAUACCACGAGGCGCUGGAAUUUGCCCAUUCGAAUUCUCUCGUCAGGGGCCUUCCCGACAUUGCCGUUUUCCCAGGACAGGGGAAGCUACUGUCAAUGCAGAUCCAAAUCACCGGCGCCAAAAACAUUCUGGAAGUCGGCACGUUGGGGGGAUACUCUGCCAUCUGGAUGGCCGCAGGGGCAGGCGAGGACGGGAAAGUGACCACCGUCGAAGUCAACCCGGACACAAAGAAUGUCGCCGAAGAGAACAUCGCGCACGCCGGACUGAGCGAUCGCAUCACCGUCCUUCUCGGCCCCGGCAUCGAGGUCCUCCCCGCCCUGCUCAAAGAAGUCGAAGCCGGCAAGCGCCCGCCCUUUGACUUUGUCUUCAUCGACGCCGACAAGGAGAACAAUCUGGCCUAUUUCGAGUGUGCGCUGCGGAUGACGAAGCCCAGGUCUUGCAUAUUUGUCGACAACGUCGUCAGACGAGGCCGGUUGGUCGACGAGGCCGCCGCCAAGGACGAUCCUCGAAUUGCGGGGACGAGGAGGCUCAUCGAAGCCGUGGGUCAAGACGACAGAGUCGACGCCGUCGUCAUCCAGACUGUGGCGGACAAAAACUACGACGGUUUCCUGAUGGCCCUGGUCAAAUAG